GGGAGACCAGUUAUAGUGAAUGCGGGGUUCGGGGAGCGUGGAUAUAGUGAAUGUGGGGUCCGGGGAGAGCAGAUAUAGUGAAUGCAGGGUCCAGGGAGACCAGAUAUAGUGAAUGCGGGGUCCGGGGAGAGCGGAUAUAGUGAAUGCGGGGUCCGGGGAGAGCGGAUAUAGUGAAUGCAGGGUCCGGGGAGAGAGGAUAUAGUGAAUGCAGGGUCCGGGGAGAGAGGAUAUAGUGAAUGCAGGGGUCCGGGGAGAGCGGAUAUAGUGAAUGCGGGGUCCGGGGAGAGCGGA